AUGGGUGGUGCUCAAGGAGAUUUCGGAGGACAUCUUAGACAAAUUCUGAAUAAAUCUACGUCUUUCUUCUUCUCUAAUGUGGCGGAGAAUCAAGAGAUCUCAGUGUUGUGGAAAAUUUUUAAAAAAUGGGGGAAGGUAGUAGACGUGUUCAUCCCGAAAAAACGUGAUAAGCAGGGACAGAGGUUUGGGUUUGUACGGUUUUCUGGCGUCUGUGAUGUGGAGGCUUUGGAAAGGAGUCUUAAUUCUAUCGUCAUUGGAGCAUGGAGGCUAAAGGUCAACCUUACUCGCCAUUCUCGGACGGAGAGGAGCAUUAGACAUGUAGCCACUCAGGUGCAAGUUGACAGGCAUCGUGAGUCUAGGGGGGUAAGGCAAAGUCAUGGAGCCUCUUAUGCGGAUAAAUUGAAAGGAACGGUGAGGUUCAAUGUUAAGGAGUCGAAGGGAAAUACGGUGGUACCGAUUAAGGGGGGUAAUGAGUGGGUGCGGAAAAAGGAGCCUUGGUGUCAUCUCCAUUUCUCGGUUGAUGAUGAGGUAAUUGAGGAAUGUCGGUGA